GUGAAGAAGUGAGAGCUUUUUUGCACGCUUUUAUUCUCAGUUUUUUGGUUGUUCGUAAGGUGAUGAUAAUGGAGUGUGUCGGAGCUCGGUACUUUGCGGCAAUGGCAGUUUCUACGUGCGACGCGUGGAGGUCACGGAGGGGAAAUCUGAUGAAGACGAAAACGGCGCUUUCCAACAAUCAUCGGUUUAUUUCGUUCAAGGUGAGAGCUAGUGGAGCAGGGAGCAAGAGCUGCGUGGCGGUUAAGGAAGAUUUUGCUGACGAAGAAGAUUUCAUAAAAGCCGGUGGCUCUGAACUUCUCUUCGUUCAAAUGCAACAGAACAAGGAAAUGGAUAAACAGUCAAAAUUAGCGGAUAAGUUACCGCCGAUAUCAAUCGGAGAUAACGUACUGGACCUGGUGGUUAUUGGUUGUGGUCCAGCUGGCCUUGCUCUUGCUGCGGAGUCAGCUAAGUUUGGUUUAAAUGUUGGACUAAUUGGCCCUGAUCUUCCUUUCACUAAUAAUUACGGAGUCUGGGAAGAUGAAUUUAAAGAUCUGGGACUUGAAGGGUGUAUCGAGCAUGUUUGGCGGGAUACAAUAGUAUACCUUGAUGAUGAUAAGCCCAUUAUGAUUGGUCGUGCUUAUGGACGUGUUAGUCGACACUCGCUCCAUGAGGAGUUGUUGAGGAGGUGUGUCGAGUCAGGUGUAAUGUAUCUUAGCUCAAAGGUUGAAACAAUUAUUGAAGCCACUGAUGGUCAUAAUCUUGUAGCCUGUGAACACAAUCGUGUUGUUCCUUGCAGGCUUGUUACUGUUGCUUCAGGAGCAGCUUCAGGUAAACUGUUGCAAUAUGAGGUAGGGGGUCCAAGGGUCUCUGUGCAAACAGCCUAUGGCGUUGAGGUCGAGGUGGAGAACAAUCCUUAUGAUCCUAGCCUGAUGGUUUUUGCGAUCUACAGAGACUAUGCUAAACAAGAAGUUCCUGGUUCAGAAGCCCAAUAUCCAACAUUUCUUUAUGCCAUGCCCCUAUCAUCAACAAGAGUUUUCUUUGAGGAAACUUGUUUGGCUUCAAAAGAUGCCAUGCCUUUUGAUUUAUUAAAGAAGAAGCUCAUGUCAAGGUUAGAGACCAUGGGAAUCAGGAUUUUAAAAGUUUAUGAAGAGGAGUGGUCUUAUAUUCCAGUUGGUGGUUCCUUACCAAACACAGAGCAGAAGAACCUUGCAUUUGGUGCUGCCGCAAGCAUGGUGCAUCCAGCUACUGGUUAUUCGGUCGUCAGAUCAUUGUCAGAGGCUCCAAAUUAUGCUUCUGUAAUUGCAAAUAUCCUGAAGAAGGAUCAUUCUAAGGGCAUGCGUACCAGCGAAAGAAAUAAUGGGAAUAUCUCAAUGCAAGCUUGGAAAACUCUUUGGCCACAAGAAAGGAAACGGCAGAGGGCAUUCUUUCUCUUUGGGCUAGCACUCAUAUUGCAACUAGAUAUUGGUGGCAUUAGAACAUUCUUCCACACAUUCUUCCGUUUGCCGAGUUGGAUGUGGCAAGGAUUUCUUGGUUCUAAUCUUUCCUCCGCCGAUCUUGUUCUGUUUGCCUUCUAUAUGUUUGUUACUGCACCAAAUGAUCUGAGAAUGUGCCUUGUCAGGCACCUACUCUCAGAUCCAACCGGAGCAACUAUGAUAAGAACAUAUAUUACACUAUAGGUGGUAUCUUUUGCAUUUCUUCCCUUGUUUGGUUCAAUUUUGAAUUGCCAUUCAAGCAAUUAAUAUUAGGAGCCUAUCCACCGCGAAAAUAAGUAGGCAUUUGUAUAUUCGUACAUUUGCAUGUAUAUCUUCUUUUGUUAAAUACAAUGGUAGCAUUUUUCUUCCAAAAUGUUAGUGCAUAUAUAUUAACAUUAUGUACUUUUCUGUUGAGCAAAUAAACUUGAGCUGCAAUUAAUGCAAGUGUAUUUUGUCUUUA